AUGGCCUCCGCCGCGGGAAUCCAGCCGGACAAAUACCAUGCGACUGACGAGAAAGGCGACAUCGAACGUAGCGCCAGCGUCUCGAAGACGGAGAAAGGAAGAUGGGAGAGACUUUGGCCUGUGAUCGCCUGCGGAGCUGGUUUGUUCUCAGAUGGCUACCUCAACAAUAUCAUCGGACCGGUCAACACGAUGCUGAAGACCAUCUACCCAGACGCAUAUACGAACUCUUCCGCUCAAGCAAACGUUGCGAGUAUAACUUUCGCGGGUACAGUUGUUGGAAUGUUGUUCUUCGGUUACACAUCUGAUCAUUUCUCGAGGAAAUGGUCACUUUUCACCUCGACCAUCAUCAUCAUACUUUUCGCCAUCCUGGGAACGGCGUCCUAUGGGGCGGGUGGGAGUCCGAGUGGACUAUUGACGGCGCUCGUCGUGUAUCGGUUCUUCCUCGGAAUAGGUAUCGGCGGAGAGUACCCAGCAGGCAGCGUCGGUUGCGCAGAAUCUACCGGCGAGCUCAAGCAAGGCACACGGAACAAAUGGUUUAUUCUCUUCACCAAUGUACAGAUUGAUCUGGCCUUUUUUAUCAGCGCCAUCGUCGCUACUGUCGUUGUUCUUGCCACAGGGGAAAACCAUCUACGAGUCGCUUGGCGUAUUUGCCUUGGUAUCGGCAUCAUCCCGCCUCUCUCGCUACUCUACCUUCGAUUGAAGCUACAAGAGCCCGAGGCAUUCAAGCGGGAGUCUCUGGCCAAAGCUAAGACACCAUGGCUACUUAUCAUCAAGUAUUACUGGUUCCGGCUUAGCAUAGUCAGCAUUAUCUGGUUCAUCUACGACUUCAGCGCGUACUCAUUCGGCAUCUACGCGACAUCUAUCUUGGCCAAUCUACUAGGCGAGUCGGCACCACUAUGGAAGAGUCUGGCAUGGAACAUACUCAUCAACUUCUUCUACAUGCCCGGUUGCCUUGCAGGUGCUUUCGUUGCGGAUCUACCUUCCAUGGGCCCUAAGAAGACACUGUUUAUCGGCGUGACGUUGCAAGGUAUCAUCGGAUUCAUCAUGGCUGGGUGCUAUCCCUGGCUGAACAAGCCUGAGAACGUCGCUGGGUUCGUUGUGGUGUAUGGUAUAUUCCUUGCGCUGGGCGAGUUCGGACCAGGUGAUAAUAUCGGUCUGGUUGCUUCGAAAACCUGUGCGACUGGUAUACGAGGCCAAUACUACGGUAUCGCAGCAGCUGUAGGCAAGAUCGGUGCAUUCGCCGGCUCCUACGCUCUCGACGCACUACAAAAAGCUGCAGGCGAUGACGCAGUGGCUGCGGGCCGCAACCCCUUUUUCGUGGCCUCCACCCUUGCCUUUGUAGCUGCUGGUUUGGUGUUGCUGCUUCCGCACAUCGGCCAGGAUACCAUUGGCCAGGAGGACGUCAAGUUUAGAGAGUAUCUCACGGCGAAUGGGUACGAUACAAGCAAGAUGGGUCUCCAGAGCGUAGACGCGGCAGGUGCGGAGAGUGAUGAAAAUGGCGCUGUACCGGUUGAGCAGACACACGGAAAAUAG